GUCUUUCAGUGGUUUCUCACAUGUCAGAGUUUCGUAUGUAAACUGCACACGGUUUACCAAACCGUUUUAUUAUCAGUCAUUGGUGGGGAAAAUGAGAGUUUAUACCUGUGAGCCCAGAAUGGGCGUCUUACUUUCGACACGGUGUGGGUGAGUGUAUGCGCGCGCGCGUCUGCGCUCCACGCAGUAGAUUAAGCUCUCAGAUCCUCGACACACAACGACGUGAGAGACGAGACUUUUCUGAUCAAGGGAUCAUAGCAGGCUUCCAAAAAUGUGCCUCAACAGCCGAAUACAGCUCCUCCUAGUCAUCUUAAUCAGUAAAGUGGACUGCAGUUUUGCUGUACAAGAGAUCCAGGCUGAUCCUGAAACUCUCAUGAAGAUCAGUUCUGCAGGGCAAAUGAUGAGAUGCUCUGCAGCAAUGGAUGUCCUCUUUUUGAUGGAUGGCUCAUACAGUGUUGGGAAGGGCAGCUUCGAGAGAUCCCGUCACUGCGUUCUGAAACUCUGUGAGGCUCUAGAGAUUGGUCCAGACACGGUGAGAGUUGGAGUUAUUCAGUUUGGUUCGACUCCCAGGAUGGAAAUCUCCCUAGAUUCCUACAGCAGCAGAGAGGAGCUGAGGAAACGCAUUAAGAAAAUACCGUACAGGGGAGGAAGCACACAAAGUGGCCUGGCUUUCAAGUAUGUGAUGAGGAAGGGGUUCCUUAGCAGUCGGAAUUCCUCUGUGCCUCGGAUAGUCAUCCUCCUGUCUGAUGGAAAGUCCCAGGGUACAGUAGAGUCUGUUGCCUCUGAACUCAAGCAGUCAGGAGUGAUUCUGUUUGCUGUGGGGAUUCGCUUUCCAAGAUGGGAAGAGCUCCACUCUCUGGCCAGCACUCCUACAGAGAGCCAUGUGUUUUUUGCAGAGCAUUUCAGUGAUACUGUAAAUGGACUAUACACGAGCCUCACUACGUCUUCCUUCUGCACAGCUGUCCCCCCAGGCUGUCAGGUGGAGUCCUUUCCAUGUGCACGGAAGACCCUGGAGACAAUCAAAGAACUGCAGGGCAGUUUUAUGUGCUGGAAGGGAUCGAAGGGCAACUUACCAUACACUUCAUUAUGCCCAUACUACAGAUAUACCACUGAUUACAAGGUACUUCCCACAGUAUGUCACAGAACAAUAUGCUUAGAUCCAUGUGAUUCUCAGCCAUGUCAGAAUGGUGGGACAUGUGUCUCUGAAGGGCUAGAGAAAUUCCACUGCCAGUGUCCUCCAGGUUAUGGAAGUGACCCUUACUGUGCCCCUGUGCUCUCUUUAGACUGCUCUGUGGAUGUGCUUUUCCUGAUUGAGAGCUCUACCAACCUGACUCUGGAGGGGUUCCUAUGCUUCAAGUCCUUCCUGAAACGCUUUGUGCAGACAGUUCUGAGUUCAGACACUCCUGUAAAGUUCGGCCUGGCCAAGUAUGGCAACAAUGUAAAGGUUGAAGCCAAAAUCGGGCAGCACCGAGACCCAGUGAAUCUGCUCCAGGCUGUGGAGUCUCUUCAGUACGAGAAAGGAGAGGCUAAAACUGGAAAUGCGUUGCGUUAUGUCACACGGCAUGGCUUUCAAAGCGCCCCAGUUUAUGCGGAUGUUCAAGAUGACCUGCCUCGUGUGGUGGUGCUAAUCACUGGCACACCAUCCGCUGAUGCUGUAGUGGAGCCUGCUAAAUAUGCAAGAGACAGAGAGAUCUUUCUCAUUGGCAUGGGGCCUGAUAGGAUGAAGACUGAGAUCAACAACAUUACAGGAAACCCUCAGCGCACAAUCACUUACAGUUUGCCUGACAGACUGAAUGCAAAGAUCCCAGAACUCAGAGCCAAGAUCUGCAGUGUGGACAACCAGGGGUGCCUGGGUCAGGCAGUGGACCUGGUCUUUGUUCUAGAUGGAUCAGAAAGUGUUGGGAAGGACAACUUUGUUCAAUUGCAAGAAUUUGUGCGCAGCAUCUCUGUGCAGUUUGACAUCAACCGUGACUUGACCCAGGUGGGGCUGGUGGUGUACAGUAGGAGGCCUGUCUCUGUCUUUGAGCUGGACACGCAUGGUUCAGGCUCUGCUGUACUUAAAGCCUUGGGGGGCAUGUCCUAUUUAGGUGGAAAGGCCUCUGCUGGGUCAGCUCUGCUCCAUGUGCACUCACAUAGUCUGACUGUGGCCAAAGGGGCACGACCAGGUGUCAACAAGGUUGUUGUCGUGCUGACUGAUGGCACGGGGGCUGAGGAUGCAGCAGUACCAGCUCAAAAGCUUCGGGACGAUGGCGUGUCUGUGUUCGUGAUUGGCACUGGACAUGUGCAGCGGGAGCAUCUCCUGCGCAUUGCUGGUACCGAGGAUCAUAUAAUUAGCGUGCAAUUCUAUGAGGACCUAAAGUACUUUGAGGAUGUGCUGGUGCAGAUGGUGUGUGCAGAUGUAAAGAAGCCUGUGAACCUGUGCAGGCCCAACCCCUGUAUGAACGACGGCAUGUGUGUCCUACUGAACAGAAGCUAUCGUUGUGAAUGCCAGGGAUGGGAGGGACCACACUGCGAGACACGAAAGAGGCAGCAGCCCUCCAGAGGAGAUCUCCCAAGUCCUUCAGCAUUGAGGCGCCGCCAUAAAAAAAAUGUUAGAGAGCUAAGGCAACGCUACAGAGAACACCGCCGAGACAUGCUAGUUGAUUACAGUCAUUGGAUGAAUAAAGCCACACACACACACACACACACACACACAGGGAAUUCCAUUGUUACUCACUCCUUAGUUUGCUAAACAUGAAAAAAGAGAAAGACAAAGGUAAGGGGUGUGUUUUUGCACAUUUAGAAAGGCUUACUGUAAGCUCUUUACUACAGGAAACUGGAGAUAACGGGGAUCUCCAGACUCCCACUAGCUCCUAUUCUGCACUGACUCUAUCAUCAUCACUCUAGACAACUAAACAUAUCAUUACACUUAGUGAUGAAGUGGGAGUAACCAGCACCUCUUUUUGGUGAUUUUAAAGAGUCUUUAUUGAGACAAUUUAAAACUACUGUUGUGACAGCAGCACAUCAUUACCAUCACUCUCCCAAACACAUGUACCACAAGUUUCAUAUAUACUGUAUAUAUAAUUUUUUUUUUUUUUUUUUAAGAUGUGUUCAACAGGCUUUACUUCAUUUAGUAAGAUCCAUUUCAAAAACGUUAUACUGAAUAAAUGCCUUUUCCGUUUGGUUUAUGACCUGUGAUCAGAAUACAGCAAUAACAAAGUCCUUGUGGGGAGGCUCAUUUUCACAUAUUUAUUUUAUAAGCUUUACAGAAAAUAAUUACAUUCCUUUUUUUGUGUGUCAAAUGGAUGCUUUGUGUUGUACAGUGUAUACAAAUAAUGCACAUGUCUUCUGGUGCCAUUUACUAGAGAAAAAAGUCUUUUGAGGAAUGUCAUCAGUAUUACAGUAUCAUCAAUAUCAGCAUCUUUAAUAUCACGACAGAAUACGGUAUUUGGUGCGGUCACAAAAGUGUGAAAUGUUUCAAAUCUGCUUUUUAUUGGAAUAAAAAAGUGCAUGUUUUUUUUUUACCGAGUA